AAAGUACUCGGGACGAUAAAUCAAACGAGAUUGAAUCCCCAUUUCGAAACAUAAUUAGAAAAUUUCCACGUAUUUCAAAUUUUUUUUCUAAUAUAAAAUACGUUUAACUAGAACAAAUAUUUAUCUGCGUUUAUCAACACUAAUCGAUAUUUUAACAAAGGUCAUAUUUUUUUUAGUGAUUAUUAAAUAAAAACACAAUACAAAUAAUUAUAAUCGUAAUUCAAAUAAAGACAAAAGUCGGAUAUUCAAUUUCAAUCGAAAAUAGAGAAAAACCAAUGAUACGAUAAUUCUUGAUAUACGUUUAGCCGUGAAAAAAAUCAAUAUUAUUUAGUAGAAAAAUCAGAUAACAAAAGUAAAUUAUCUUUUAAUAAUACUUGACCGUACACUAAUCUUUAGUAUAACGUACUAGAUUCAUAAUAAUUGUUAACAACAAAUUUAAUGUAUAAAACAAAAGUAAGAGCAAAAAAACAAAACUCAUAACUGUUAUAUUGCGUUAGUAUAUGCAUUAAAUUUAUUUCCGCUUUACUGAAAAGGAUAAAUAUAUAACAUAAAUAUAUAACAUUGUAAUAAAAUAAUACACAAGACGAAGAUAUAAAAAGAGAUAGUAUAAUUUAAUAUAAGAAAAAUAAAUGUCCAUGUAUGUAUGUGUGUGUUAAUCAAAUAUAUAAAAUAUAUAAUUCCAUCAUAGUGAUCGAAAAAUGAAACAUUGUUUUGUAUUUUGAAUUGUUGUUUCUAAUGACACAAUAACCAAUAUAUAUUAACAUAACAGAAAAAUGUAAAUUUUAUUUAAACUAUUGUUAUCUCGUUUGAAAUAGUUUCUUCUUCGUGUACAACAACAAUGUUUGCGAUAACGUUUAACUUCCGUCAGAGUCACUAAGGACGGUAUCGUUGUCAUUUUUGAAUUUCGACAGUAUCGGUUCGUAAGUCUUACGAGAGAGUCCAGUCGUUUCUACGCUUGACCAUACAUCUGGGGUAGGAUUUCCUCUUUUUCCUCUUUAUUCUUCUUCAUCAUUAUCAUCUUUUCGAAAGAUUAUAAUCGUUGCAAGUGUACUUUCUCUCUUAGAAUUACCUCAGUAAUUUAUUCGUCAAGAUAUUUCAAUUAUAUAUGUAUAUAUAUACACACGUUGUUGGAACACAAAUUUGAAUUGUCAAUCUUCGAUUUUUAUUUUUUUGCUCACUUUAUUUGGAAAAAAUAUGUCUCAUAAUAAUCAUUUCGACGAGAAAAAAAAUGAAUUCUUAGGGGUGAAAUGUAUGGAAAAGUAUCUCAGACUUAUCGCCGAUGAAGAAUUUUUUACUAACAUUAGUUUUUCCGUAACACCUGCCGUAAAAUCUGGUGAAAAUUUUGUCGGAGACGUUUAUCGUGCAACGAUACAAGGAGAUGAAAAAAAUGGACGAAGUAAAAAGAUACAUUUGAUAGCGAAAUGUGCACCAUUAGAUUCGAGAAGAAAGUAUAUCAAAGUAAGACGGAUGUUUUUACAAGAGAUACACUUUUACGAAAAACUUUUGCCAACUUUUAACGAUUUUCUACGUGAUUACAAUAUGACACUCGAAUAUAUUCCUUAUAUCUACGCUUCCUCCAAGGAACAUUUGAACGAAAUUUUAGUGCUAGAAGAUCUGAAAUAUCAAAAUUAUUACAUGAGAGAAUUAAAAUUUCUCGAUUAUCCUCACGCACGAUUGACUCUCCGUUGUAUCGCAAGAUUUCACGCAUACAGUUUUGCAAUUAGGGCUAAAAAGCCGGAAACAUUCGAGAUAUUUAAAUCUAUAAAGGAGCCCGUAUUUUAUUUUGGAAAUCCUAUCACGAUAAAUACAGAAGACGACGAUUAUUCGAUCGCAUUAAUCGAUUUAAUUGAAAAGGUUCUCGAAGAAGAGGACGAACAUUAUCGGAAAAGAUACAAAAAUUUUGUUAAAAAUAUGUCGAAAAUAGCGUUGGAGGUAGUCAAGGGAUCUUACGCCGAACCUUACGCUGUUGUAAAUCAUGGGGAUGCUUGGACAAACAAUAUAUUGUUUAAAUACAAGGAAAACGAUAAAAACAACGAGCCGGAGGAUCUUCGGUUCCUCGACUUUCAAGUUUGUCGUUACGCAUCGCCUGCAUUGGAUAUAUCUUAUAUCUUAUUUUGUUUCACAUUACAUGAAAUGAGAGUCAAACAUUACGAUGAUCUUUUAAGAGAUUAUUACGAUUCCUUUUCGAAUUGUCUUCGUAGUUUGGAUUGCGAUCCUAACGUUUUAUUUCCGUACGAAACAUUACUGAAACAUAUUAAACAUUUUGGCAGAUACGCUGCUUGCAUGGCGGUAUACGUUUUACAUUUUCACGCAGAUCCGAAUAAUAGAUCAUUGACGGGUGACGUUAACGUCUAUCACGAAAUUUUAAAGACCAACAAGUUUUACAAAAACGUUUUGAAAAAUACUUUUAAGGAAUUCAUAGAUAGGAAUAUUAUUUAAUAUUUCGCUUGAACUUUUUUAAUUCUUUUUAUUUUAAUUUUUUUUUUACGCGUGUGCAUCGUCGAUAAAAUAAAAAAAAAGAAUAUGUACGUACGUCUCGUGUUUUCGCGUGCGUUUGAAAAUAUUUUCUUCGUUUUAUUUUUUUUUUUUUUAUCAUCUUG